UAUGUUUGUAAUCUAAAAGCCAUUAUAAUUAAAAAACCACUGAUUUGAGCACAAAUAUUUUAGUAGUUAACAGCAUCCCGAGCACAUUAUCUGCGAGUUGCUCACUAAAAAAUUAAUUUAAGAUGAACUGUGCAAGCGAAUUUAAAAUUUUAUUGGCAUUAUUCUGCGUUUGUUUGAUUUACCACAUAGACGGUUUGCCGCAAUCUGCGUACGGUUCGUCACAGCGUCACAAUUCCACGGCUUGGCGGCAUAAUACAACACAGCACCGACCCAGUCAAACGAUUGGAAAUCGAAAUUACACCAAUCCCAACAUCUGGCAACCACAAUGCCAAAGACCAUGGCUAAAUAAUAAUCAGUCACAUCCUCAUAUUCAAGUGCCCGGUUUCAUGAAUCUACAUUAUGCCGCCGCAAAGCAACCAAAUCGAAGCAUCUCUGAGGGAACCGGAUGGCGACAACCACAACCGGUUGCACCUUAUCUAAAAAAUUGGUCCCCACAGCGAAGUAACUCGACACAAAAUGUCCCAAUCAGAUCCGAACCAUUUAGAAACAACGGUGGUGGACAACUUGCUCCAAUUAAUUCCGGUUGGGUGGCGUCAAGCAACUCAGCAAACUCUACAAUUUGGAAAGGCGGCGUAAGUAGAGAGUUCCUCCCACAGGCGAAUAAUAGGUCUAAUUCAUAUCCCACUUGGCAUGCCGGCCUUCCUGGUAGUACUCUGGUAGCUGGAACCCAUACCGGAAAUUCAUUAGUUGGUAGUGCCUCUGAACACCAAAAUACUGCAAAUACUGGUUGGAACCUCCCGAGUGGACAACCUAAUGGUACUUAUAGCGCACACCCUUACGGGAAACUAUUCGCUUAAUUAUUUCGAAAAACUUCCAGUUGCGUUACGUUUCUGAUAAUAAAAAAAAUUACUACUAUAUUUACGAGCAUUCAAUUUUGUUAUCUGCGGUUUUAAGUAUACUGCGUUCGAUAGCCCCCAACAAAAGUCUCGUUAUAGAGUCCAACAAAAUCAACGGCAACUACAAUCCAGUAGCCUCACACAGUUGGUAUGUUCAUUGACAAAUUUCAAACUAAUGUACGCAUAUGUAAGUAUGUACAACUGUCACAUCUCUCUACAUACAUACCUCUACCUAUACUUACUUAAUUAACAUAUUCUGCAUACUUACCCUAGCCAAGUGGUACUACAUCGCCGUUUUUAGAAGUCGGUAAACAAAGAUGUACAACUCGUCUCUUUAGCGGAUGUUUAAAUAAACUCAAACCGGUGAAAAAUAUGA